AUGGUUGAGGCUGUCGCUUCACAAGAUUUAUGGAUUUGGCAUUCAUUUAUUGGUCUUCUCGGGUCAAACAACGAUAUAAAUUUGUUAAAUCAGUUACCGUUGUGGUCUACGUUUGUUAAAGCGUAUCCACACCAUGUCGAUCCAAAGGAAAAGAAGUUCAAGAGAGCACAAGAAGCGACAAGAAAAGACAUUGAAAGGGUUUUUAGUGUUCUUAAGGGAAAAUGGAAGAUUUUGGAUCACCCGCUUCGUUUUUUCGAUUUAGACAAGAUCGGCAAAGUCGUCGAAGCUUGUAUUAUAUUGCACAACAUGAUCAUAAAGGACGACAGGGGGAGUGAUAUACUGGUUCAUAUAAUGGACCCACCGACACCGAUAGUGUAUGAUCCUAGCGUUUUACCGGAGUUACAUGAUGAAAACGUCCAUCAUCGUUUCCGGUAUGAUCUUACAGAGCAUUCGGGUCUAGAUUUGUCAUACCUCGAUGGCCCGGCUUUUCAUCCACCACCAAUUGAGAUUUAA